CGCGGGAGCGGCGCAGCGACGACGACGGCGGCGGCGGCGGCGGCGGUGGCGGUUGCAGCUCGGAGCCGUUGAGACGCCUCUGCGGCAGCUGGUGGCGCAGGUGGCCGGCGUGGACGUGGGCACAGGCGGCCAGCGCGCCCCGCAGCCCCAGCGUCGCUGCCCGGCAGGCUCGUCGGGACACCCCGAGGCAUCCUCCCCCGCCCGCGGGCCCGCCAGUCCCAGCUCGUGUCCGCGCUCGCAUCUCCCGAUAGCGGCUGCGCUGCUCCCCCUUCUGGUCUUGGGACUCCCGGCGUCGCCCCUCCAACAUGACUCGCGAUUUCAAACCUGGAGACCUCAUCUUCGCCAAGAUGAAAGGUUAUCCUCAUUGGCCAGCUCGAGUAGAUGAAGUUCCUGAUGGAGCUGUGAAACCACCCACAAACAAACUACCAAUUUUCUUUUUUGGAACCCAUGAGACUGCUUUUUUAGGACCAAAGGACAUAUUUCCUUACUCCGAAAAUAAGGAAAAGUAUGGCAAACCAAAUAAACGAAAAGGUUUUAAUGAAGGAUUAUGGGAGAUAGAUAACAAUCCAAAAGUGAAAUUUUCAAGUCAACAGGCACCAACUAAACAAUCAAAUGCAUCAUCUGAUGUUGAAGUCGAGGAGAAAGAAACUAGUGUUUCAAAGGAAGAUACUGAUCAUGAAGAAAAAGCCAGCAAUGAAGAUGUGUCUAAAGCAGUUGACAUAACCACUCCAAAAGCUGCCAGGCGAGGAAGAAAGAGAAAGGCCGAAAAACCAGUGGAAACUGAAGAAGCAGGAAUGGUGGCUGCAGCAACAGCUUCUGCUAACUUGAAAGCAAGUCCUAAGAGAGGACGGCCUGCAGCUACUGAAGUCAAGAUUCCAAAACCAAGAGGCAGACCUAAAGUGGUAAAACAGCCCUGUCCUUCGGAGAGUGACAUGGUUAUUGAUGAAGACAAAAGUAAAAAAAAGGGACCAGAGGAAAAACAACCUAAAAAGCAGCUUAAAAAGGAAGAAGAAGGUCAAAAGGAAGAGGAUAAGCCAAGAAAAGAACCAGAUAAGAAAGAGGGCAAGAAAGAAGUUGAAUCUAAACGGAAAAAUGUAGCAAAACCAGGGGUUACAUCAACCUCUGAUUCAGAAGACGAAGAUGAUCAAGAAGGUGAAAAGAAGAGAAAGGGUGGAAGAAACUUCCAGACCGCUCACAGGAGGAAUAUGCUGAAAGGCCAACAUGAGAAGGAAGCCACAGAGCGGAAGCGCAAGCAGGAGGAACAAAUGGAAACUGAGCAGCAGAAUAAAGAUGAAGGAAAGAAGCCAGAAGUUAAGAAAGUGGAGAAGAAGCGAGAAACAUCAAUGGAUUCUCGACUUCAAAGGAUACAUGCUGAAAUUAAAAAUUCACUCAAAAUUGAUAAUCUAGAUGUGAACAGAUGCAUUGAGGCACUGGAUGAACUUGCUUCACUUCAGGUAACAAUGCAACAAGCUCAGAAACACACAGAGAUGAUCACAACAUUGAAAAAAAUACGGCGGUUCAAAGUUAGUCAAGUUAUCAUGGAAAAGUCUACAAUGUUGUAUAACAAGUUUAAGAAUAUGUUUUUGGUUGGUGAAGGAGAUUCAGUCAUCACCCAAGUGCUGAACAAAUCUCUUGCUGAACAAAGACAGCAUGAGGAAGCAAAUAAAACCAAAGAUCAAGGGAAGAAAGGGCCAAACAAAAAGCUAGAAAAGGAACAAACAGGUUCAAAGACCCUAAAUGGAGGAUCUGACGCUCAAGACAGUAGUCACCCACAACAUAAUGGUGACAGUAACGAAGAAAGCAAAGACAGCCAUGAGGCUGGCAGUAAGAAAAAAACACCCGGAGAAGAGAGAGAGGCUGAACUAUCUCUGAAGGAGUCACCACUAGAUAACUAGAUUGGCAGACGUGGGGUGUAAUGAGUAUGUGAAGUCUGUUGUGAGUGGCUUCAUCUGAAAUACUUAGGCUGCUGACUGAAAGGAUUAAAUUUUUUAUAAGUAUAGGUUUUGAUGUUUAAGUAGUUUGGGGAAAGAAAUAUCCCUUUAUGUUUGUGUAAAAGUAAAACUUAUUGCUAAUUUUCCGUGUGCAGUAUUAACAGCUCCAUCAUCCAGUUCAAGUGUGAGGGAAACCUACUUAGAAAGGUUGACCUGCUUUAUAGACAUGACUAGUGUAUUUUGGUUAGUGUGUGUGUGUGCACAUGUAAUUGGUAGUAGACCAGUUACAUUUUAAAACUGCUACUUGUAUAAAUCGUUCUUCUCCCAAAUAACGUGGGUUUUGUGCAUAGUUUUUACAAAUCUUGGAUUUACCAGACUGUCUUUUCACUGUUUGUGGGUUUUUUAGAAGUUGAGCAUUUUUAUGGUUGAUAAAAUGAAUGUUACUUCUAAGUACUCACUCCUUUUUUAUCAGAAGUUAAUAUAACCUCAGUCUAUUGUGCUUCAUUAGCUUGUCUCUUCCUAAUAAUGUGUAGUCUGUGUGACACACACAUGUCCAACUAGAAGGUACAAAUUUGAUGACUUUUGAAAGUAAUUUAGUUUCAGGGCUGCGAAUUCAGUGGAGUCAGAAUUAAAGAGAACUGAUUGGGUAUAUAGAGGAACUUCAUAUACAAUCCUUUAUAGUUACUAAUCACAAAAACCUAAAACUAGUUUGUUUUUAAUCUCACACAUUAAGAAGGUCAUGCUCAUUGAGGUAUGUGUGUGUUUUUAAAUUGUAAUCAGUCCAUGAUGCUUAUUAAGUGGUAAAUAAAUAAGAAAACUAAUGGGGUUUGUAUUUAGUUUCUGUAUCAUCAAACAUCACAAGAUUACAAAAAUAAAAGGUAGAAACAUCAGUUGCUCCAAGACAGUAAGUAGAUAAUCCAUACACACAAAGAGACCAUCAGAGUCUGUUAAGGAAUAACAUUUCAAAGGUCUUCUGAGUAGUCAUGUCAUCAUUGGUUUCCAGUAGGAAGAAAGGUUCAUCACUAUGCUUUGAAAUUUUAAUGGGAAAGUGACUUAAUAGCAGUGUUUUGUGUGUUAUGUUUAUAUAUGACCUUGAUGUCUCAUAAUUAUUUUCACUUAUGUAAAGGACUUUGAAUUAUUCAGUAAUUGAACUUUUGCUCUCAUUGAACUACUGUUUGGGGCAAAUGCUGUACGUUAUCUACACCGCUCUUCUGUUUUGUCCUUAGUACAUUUUUAGCUUGAAUGAAAAUUAUUCUAGUUAAGCCAUAAGUGUCAAAUGUGUAAACUUGUUUUAAUUAAAAUUUUUUUCUACCAAACUCUAUUAGUAAAUUAUUAUUACUGCUAAUUGAGAAGAACUACUGAAAGAAUUCUAGAUCACCUAAGGAAGUAGUGUCGUCCUUAGCCCCACUGAGGUCCUGUUAGGGGAUAGAGGGAGGUAUGCAGUAGUAAGCUCAGGAAAGCACUGUCACUUGCCUCUGUGGACUUCCUGUUCUUCACUAACCACAGGUGUCAGCUACAGUGUCCCACUCAGAGUGCUAGCAGCGUUCUUCUAGUCAUGUACCUUCUUAGGUAGGUGUCUGCUUGACACCAUGUGUGCUUUGGAACAGGCAAGCUAUCACUCUCAAAACUCUGAACAAAAUUGCAUUAAACCUACCACCUCUCCCAUUGUGCAUAGUAUGCAUGUGUAAUAUGCAUGUAUGGAUACCUAUUUUGAUGUUGUUUUUCCCAGUUGUUUGGAUCAAUUUUACAUAUUCCACCUUAAUGAAAGAUUCUGAUUGCAAGUCCGUAUGUACAAACAAUUCACCAGAGCUCAUUAGACCAUAUUUGCUAUUCUAGCUAGGAAUUCUAUAGCAUGAUGGAUUUUUACCCAGACAGUGAUGUGGCACACUAAAAAUGUUCCUGUUUAUAUCCACUGACCUGAUUAAAAAGUGCCAGACAGGGAUGCAGUCUGCCAUUUACUCCUGUAUGCAGAGCAAAGGCUUCAGCUAACAAACUUUAUUCCAUUGGUCAGAGAAUAGACUACUAUCUACUGCAAAUAGCAAAAUGUGCUUAAAUUUGUGUUGUGUGAUUCACCAACAGAUAUUAGUGAUGAGUGCCCUGCUAUAAAAUUACAAGGUGUAAUUAUCCUUAAAAGAAUUGUGAAGUAUAAGCAAGAUGC